AUGGGGGAGUAUCUCGAGGCACAACAUGGCCGCCUGGAUGACUUGCCUGACAUCGAACAAUUGACACCUCGCGUGAACCGCAUCAUGGGUGGUAAUGCCGGCUUGAUGCGCCUGCAAGGGACCAACACGUAUCUCGUGGGUACGGGCAAGAGCCGCUUGCUGAUUGAUACGGCCCAAGGUCAUCGUCAGUGGAUCGACAGCCUUAUCAGUGUACUGGACGAUCUGGAGAUAGAUGUUUCUCACAUCCUCCUUACACACUGGCAUAGCGACCACACUGGAGGCGUACCGGAUCUGCUAGAACAACGACCUCAUUACAAAGAUCGAGUGUACAAAUGUGAUCCUGACCGAGGACAGCAGCCUAUCAUCGACGGUCAACAGUUUCGCGUCAAAGGAGCCACAGUGCAGGCAAUCUUCACGCCCGGCCACGCACAUGACCAUAUGUGCUUUAUGCUGCUAGAGGAAAAUGCGUUGUUCACUGGAGACAACGUGCUGGGCCAAGGUCAGACGGUCUUCGAAGAUCUCGGUGCCUUCACACAGAGCCUGAGCGACAUGGCUGGCUUGAACUGUCAAAUCGGAUAUCCUGCCCAUGGACCAGUGAUCCUAGAUCUUCCCUACAAAAUGGAGGAAUGCAUUCGACAGAAAGAUGCUCGAGAACGACAGAUCUGGCUCACUCUCGUAGCCCACAAAGCGAGCGUUGGUGGCAAGGGCAGCUUGACAGUGUCGGAACUGGUCCACAAGAUCUAUGGCAACCUUCCUGCCGAGAUCUGCAAGCCAGUAUUUGAGCCCAGUGUGCUGGCCGUGCUAGGAAAGCUCGCCGAAGACCGCCGAGUUGGAUUUGAGAUUGGUUAUGGGGACAGGCGCUGGUUCGUACGAGAGCAGAGGCAGCCCAGGCGCAAUCAGCUGCCUGCACAGCGUGCUAUCUCGACCCCUUCUGUUGUUUGA